UUGGACUUGGUUCUUUUUCGUGUUGACUGAGCUGCAGAGUAACCAGUGAUUGGAUCUCCAGAGAGAACAACUGAGAGAUUAUCAGCAUCCAUGGCUUAUUUGAAGUGCAGCCAGCAGGUGACAUCACAACUGAUCCGCCAACCACAAAGCACAGCUCAGCACAUGAUCCACCUGUCACUCUAAACCCUACGACAAGUCUCAAAGCCGUUGCGAGCUGCCUUCUCUAUGUCUUCUUCCUGUUUCGUCCCACCUUCUUGUCUUUUAUUUCCUCUUUUAAAUUAAGAGAGGGGAGUUUUUACUGAGAAGCUUUCCUUCAGCUGAAUAAAGUCAGACACAGACGAGGACGGUCUGUGGUGUUUCCUCUGCACAGCCACAGACACACUCAGCUGCACAGAAAAACGAUACGAUGCCAGCUGUGAAGAACAAGAAAAAGAAGGUGAAGAAAGAGGUUGUUGAUGAGGAAGAGCAGGGAGAAGUCGCCCUGGAUGUGGAGAGGGAGGAAGUGAUCAACAGGAGCCAUUCUAACAGUAGAGACCCUUUGACCCCAGAGCCACAGGAUUUAGCACCACAGAAGAAAAAGAAGAAGAAGAAGGCACCUACAGUUGAGCACGAAACAGAGCAUGAUAUGCCAAAUGGCAACAUUGCUGAAUCAGUGAUAGAUGGAGAAGAAAUGAAUGUCGCUGUAACCAGGAGGACAAAAAGGAAGAGGAAGGCGAAGGCUGCAGAGCACUCCAGCAAUGAUCUGGGAGCAGAAGAUGACGAUAUCGUCACAGACUCCCAGUCGCCCAUCCCCCAGCAUUCCCUGUUCUCAGCCCCGCACGGACACAGCCAUCCAGCUGGCAAAGUGUUUGUGGAGAGGAACCGGCGGUUUCAGGGAGAGCGAGUGGAGCAUCUCCGACACUCUGAGUUGAUGGAUGACUACAUGGAACCCAGACAGCUCUGGACCACCAGAGAUGUUGCAAUACGAGUCCACAGCAGCUUCAGGGUGAUAGGUCUGUUCUGCCACGGUUUUCUGGCCGGCUUCGCAGUGUGGAACAUCAUUGUUGUGUAUGUCUUAGCGGGCGAGCAGAUGACCACGCUCCCUAACCUGUUGCAGCAGUACCACCUGCUGGCCUACCCAGCUCAGUCUCUGCUCUACCUGCUGCUGGCCAUCAGCACUGUGUCUGCAUUUGACAGAGUGAACCUGGCCAAGGCCUCCAUGGCCCUGAGAGGCUUCCUCACCCUGGAUCCUGUCGCUCUGGCUUCCUUCUUGUAUUUUAUAGCCCUGAUCCUGUCCCUCAGCCAGCAAAUGGCCAGCGAUCGCAUCAACCUGUAUCCCACUGCCAAUGAGACUCUGUGGCCUCCUGGUUCAGAGCAGCAGAUCCUGCGGCCGUGGAUUGUGGUGAACCUGGUGGUGGCGCUGUUGGUAGGCGUGGCCUGGGCCGUCGUCUCCACACGACCGGACAUCGACUACACAGAAGAGUUUUUGAUGACAAUGGAAGUGGAGGGAUACCCGAGAGGAGAUGAGAACCUGGAGAUUCCGGCCUGAAAACCUUCUCUCUCACUGUGUCUGUUUUACUAAUUUCAUUUAUGUUUUUGUAUAAUGUAGCUUUGUGUUUGAACUGAUUUUGCAAAUAAACUAAUAAAGGCUAUAUGGUGAUAGGUGGUUACUGGAUACUUCUGCAGGGGAAUAAGCGCCAGAAGAGCAUAAAAUACUUUCUGGUGUUUGUACUCCACUUGUAAACAUUGUUUGUAUUAUUUUCAUUCCUCUAUUUUUGCUUAUGGUCGU